AACCUCACCAUCGUAUUCCCCUGCCAAUUUUACAUAAGAAUCACUUAUUGGCAGAAAGGAAUAUGUUUCGUUCCAAAGAUAUCGAAUUUUAAAGUUUUGAGUUUUUGAGAUUACCUAAAUCAGCUUCAUUCGUCGCAUCUGCUAGAAGCACAUAGGCGCGCUGUUCAAUAAUUACUACCUGCCCAAGUAACCAUCCAGCACUAACGAAUAACACCAGAUUGGCUAUAAAUAAGCACUCUUGUGCAAACUAGCCUUGUCACAGCAUCAUCAAAAGCUAAAAAGCAUUUAAUGGUGUAUCAUUUAACAAAGCCGUUUAAAUGCUGAGUAAGUGCCGCCACUAGCAACACUGAUUACAAAAAGUCAUUUUAUGGAACUAGCAACUCUGCUCUGCUAGUAAACAAAAAGUCGCGAACGAAAAUUUUCAAGUGCUUUUCGAACCAUGGCGGAAUCUUCGUGGAUUAAAUACGUUAAAAGUUCCAGUUUUAAGCGUCAAGUGGCCAAGUACAAGUGUACUGAGUCUAGCAACUUUAACGAACAACCAGAAAAUGAGCACCCGGCCGUGGCUGAAGAUGUUCCGGAUGCGCUGCAACUUCCUCUCCCCGAAGGAAGCAAUUGCUCGAGGGAAGGAAGCUCGGAGGCGAUAACGGGAACUCCUGUGCUAGUAGACGGCGAAUCCAUGGAAAAUACGGAUUACAGUCCCGAUGAUUGUUCUACAAAUGUCAUCGAAUCUCUGGAGACGUUUCUACAACGCUGGAGCAUAGAACAUCGCAUUUCUCACGCCGCCUUGAAGCCGCUGCUUUUGCGGUUAAGCAUAAUCGACAAAACUAUCUCUACGGAUCCGCGUAGACUUCUCGGAACACCCCGGCAUGAACCCACACUAAUACAUAUGACUUCCGGAGAGUAUUGGCACAACGGCUUAGAACACUGUCUCCGGCUAGCGUUCAAGCAUCUUGAUUCUCCCAGGACUAUUGCGAUAAACAUUAAUAUAGAUGGCCUCCCGAUUUUCAAAAACGGUACUGAUCAAGUCUGGCCCAUUUUAUUCAACAUCCAUGGGGAACCGGACAUUAAACCCAUGGUAAUUGGAAUAUUUUCCGGAAAAACCAAACCCAGCUACGUCGCAGAGUAUCUUGACCCAUUUGUAAGCGAGUUUGCAUCACUAUCCAGAGACGGACUCCUUGUCAACGGGCAUUUGCUGCGGUUCACAAUUCGUGUCUUUAUUUGCGACUCGCCGGCUCGCUCAUUUGUGAAAGGUUGUGUUAAUUUCAACGCUUUGUAAUCGCACAUUCCGGCUAGCUCAAUAAAAAACCCAACAAAGCAAACAUUUUGGCUCACAUGCUUGUAUUUACCGUACCAAAACCCCACGUUGCCCCUCGGGCUUCAUGUUCUUUACCGUAGCCUAAACUUCCCUAGCAAGCCUUGACUUU